ACCUCGAAUAAUAUUACUUUUUAACACAUUCUAAGUCGCAUCUCCAAUUAAGAAGGAAAAGCGUUUUUCCCCCUUUUAUUUCCAUUUAUAACCAUCUGCUGCUAGAAACAGCUCUAAGUUAUUCGUCUCGCACAAAAAUUUAAACGAUUUCACACAAGAACGCCAAACACAGCCGCCCUGCUAUUUACUGCUUUUCAUAUCAGUCCACUCAUCGUUACUCUAAGUUAUUUCUUUCUACUUGGCUACUCCUCCAGACUGCCCGAGGAAAAGGCAAACAACUUUUAAGGGCAUGAUACAUCUCCGAGAUAUGAAGUAACCAUUAAUCUGAGUUCCUAUUGUGGCAAAAACAUUGGUACUUCAAACGCAAACAAGUCGACAAUCAUGGGGAGAUUCAACUCAACGGAGGUUUCCAUACAUGUUCUUCACUUCCAUAAACUGUUGCGGAACAGAAACAAAAGUGAAAUCGCGGGCGAAUCGCUAGCACUUUUGCUGAUCGAUUUGGUGUCGCUUUUUGGGAAUUCUCUCUUAUGCCUGGUGAUAUAUCGAACGAAAACUUUACAGACAGUUACAAAUCUUCUGAUCCUCGUCCUUGCAAUUUCGGAUAUUGUGAUGGCUAUACUUGGUAUCCCGUUUUCAGUGGCAGUUUUGAUACGUGGUGAAUGGAUAUUUGGGACUCACAUUUGCAGAAUGCAAUGUUUUCUCAUUUACUUCCUGGCAUUUGGGUCGCUUCAAACAAUUACUAUUGUAGCUGUUAACAGGUACUAUCGAGUACUGAAACCAGUAAGGUACAAAAAGGUGUUCACUUUUAAAUCAACUUCACUGAUUCUCUUCCUUGUUUGGUUUGUAACCGCCGCUCUACUGACAAUCCCAUUUCUUGCCGGUGCUAUUGUUCCUGACUUUAGCCCAAGCAAGGCUGCCUGCGUCAUUUUCACCAAACCCGGUGCAAGUAAGCAGGCUGUAAUCGCCGUGAAUGUAGCGCUAGUCUCCAUAGCUGCAAUCAUUCCAAGCGCAGUUAUUUCCUUUUGCUACUUUCGCGUUUUCCGAGCAGUUGGAAAUCACUUCACGCGAGUUAAGCCUACAUUACGAUCACAUCACAGGACACAACAGAGUACGAACAUUAGCGAGAUCAAAUCAACGCGCACUUUAUUUUUCGUUCUUCUUGCUUAUUUUAUUUGCUGGAUUCCAGUAUUCGCUAUAGAGGCCUUACAGACAUUCAUCAUGAAUUGGUGGUUGUUACCCAGAUCUUGCCAUUUACUAUGGACUUUCUGUGGUUGUCUUUCAAGCGCUGUGAAUCCAUUUGUGUUUGGGCUGACAAGUCGGUCAUUUCGACAGGGGUUCAAAGUACUGUUCAGAAGGGUUUCCACGGCGGAUGUGUCUCAGACAAGAAGACCGUCUUUAUUUGUAGUGAAUGAGGGGAUGAAUGCAAUUGAACAAAUAGAGAAAGUCGACAGAGCAAAAAACAGCGAUGAAAAUGAAGAAUAGAGAGAUGGGGAAGUGGUUUCAUAUGUUUAAAGUUGUACUUUUUGUAUUUCUAAACGAAAGGAACUUCGGUCUGGCCAAAAUGGAAAAUAAAACUGUAUAAUUAUUCUUAUUAGCGACAACUUAUAAUAAAGUUGUCUUCGGCAUCGUUAAGCUAAA